AUGGGGUCUAUGAAGUAUAGCAUGGGAUUGAGCAGGAAAGAAACGACGAGAGAUGAAAACAGCAUACCUAGCUCUGAACAGCACAUAGUAACAACAUGCUAUAUCUCCAAGACAACACAUGAGAGGCCCAGAGUCAGCAUCAGAUUGAACGGCCGUCUCCAUGAGAGCCAGGGAACCCCCUUGAUGGCCUCCAAGCGGUCAUCUGGGUCAUGGCAUUGA